AACUGCCACCCUUCUUCAAGCGAAGCCAAAAUGCAGGCCAAGGCUCAGAAUAUCAUCCCACCAAAGUUCAUUUCACCAGCAAAGCUACCUCCAAUUCCCAAUAUUUCAUUGCCAAGUAAUGUUCCACAAGCCAUCUCAAUCACUGCACCGAGUCCAGAAGUUUCAUCAGCACCUCCCGAUCAUCAUCCUCAACUGGUAGAUGACAAAGUGGCUGCCUUCUGGGACUACCAAUUCCUCUUUGUUUCACAACGCUCAGAAACAGCUGAGCCCAUCACCCUUCGCAUUGUUGAAGGCAAAAUCCCACAAGACUUCCCUUUAGGAACGUAUUAUCUGACCGGACCGGGGCUCUUCACCGAUGAUCACGGCUCCACGGUGCACCCUCUGGACGGUCACGGGUACCUCAGAACGUUUAAGAUUGAUGGGGCUAGAGGAGAAGUGGAGUUCAUGGCUAGGUACAUCCAGACCGAGGCUCAGGUGGAGGAGUGCGACCGCAUCACCGGCCAGUGGCGAUUCACUCAUCGUGGUCCGUUUUCGGUCUUGAAAGGUGGAAACAUGGUUGGAAAUACCAAGGUAAUGAAAAAUGUCGCCAAUACAAGUGUGCUGAGAUGGGCUGGAAGACUGUUUUGUUUGUGGGAAGGUGGUGAUCCUUAUGAGAUUGAAUCUACUACGCUUGAUACUCUUGGGAGAUUUGACAUAAUUAAUGGCCGCCACAAAUUGCUGCAAGAUGAAGACGCAACACCAAAGGUGGACGUUUGGGAUGUAGCUGCAGAAAUCUUGAAACCUAUACUAUAUGGAGUAUUCAAGAUGCCGCCGAAACGAUUAUUGUCCCAUUACAAGAUUGAUGGCCGGAGGAAGAGGCUACUCAUCAUGUCAUGCAACGCAGAGGACAUGCUUCUGCCACGAAGUAAUUUUACCUUCUACGAAUUCGACUCGAAUUUCACGUUGCUGCAAAGCCAAGAAUUCAACAUUCCAGACCAUCUGAUGAUUCAUGACUGGGCCUUCACUGAUAAUUAUUACAUAUUAUUUGGCAAUCGCAUCAAGCUGGAUGUUGCUGGAUCAAUGACAGCAGUAUGUGGACUAUCUCCUAUGAUAUCUGCACUGUCACUAAAUGCUAGCAAGCCCACAUCUCCCAUUUACAUGCUCCCUCGAUUUCCAAGUGAAUCAAAUGGAGAAAGAGACUGGAAAAUUCCCAUAGAAGCUCCUUCACAAAUGUGGGUGCUUCAUGUUGGAAAUGCUUUUGAAGAAGAAAGGGAUGAGAAUGGAAGUUCCAAGAUUCAAAUUCAAGCAAGUGGUUGCUCCUAUCGUUGGUUCAAUUUCCAAAAGAUGUUUGGGUACGACUGGCAAAGUGGAAAACUGGACCCUUCCAUGAUGAAUGCAGAUCAAGAUAAAUUAUUGCCUCAUCUUGUUCAGGUAUCAGUAAGUUUGGAUGCAAGUGGGGAUUGUCAAAACUGUAGUGUAAACGAUUUGAACGAAUGGAGGAAACCAUCAGAUUUUCCUGCGAUUAAUCAGGAUUUCUCAGGCUGCAAGAACACAUUUGUGUAUGCAGCAACUUCGUCUGGCUCCCGUCAAGCUUUACCACAUUUUCCCUUUGACACUGUGGUGAAACUCAAUGUUAGAGAUAAAUCCAUUUCCACUUGGUCUACAACCAGACGGAGAUUCAUUGGUGAGCCAAUAUUUGUACCGAAAGGAACCGGAGGAGGAGGAGAAGAUGAUGGCUAUCUCCUUGUGGUGGAAUAUGCAGUUUCGACACAAAGGUGCUAUCUUGUUAUUUUGGACUCCAAACUGAUCGGGAAGACCAAUGCACUGGUUGCUAGAGUUGAAGUUCCAAGACACUUAAACUUUCCUCUUGGCUUUCAUGGAUUUUGGGAGUCUGCAGGGGAUUGUGGCUUUGGUAAUUAA